GCAUAAACAGCCAAUACGGGGCAGGCAGAGCAGCUGCAGAGGGAGCAGGGACGGCUGACAACAACGGCAGGCUCAUGUCGGGAAAGCCACAAACGCAACAUUCGCCUGCAUUGUGAUUUGAUGGACAGCGUUUUCCCCGCCUAACCUUUUUAUUCUUCCUUUUGCUCUUCGCGUAUUGCCUGUUUAUGCGCAUACGUGGGAUUAUAUUUCUCAUUCUGUCGACCUGAAAUGACUGCUCGUCGCCGCGUCUAGCCAAUGGUUGCUGCGGGGGCUCCUGUCUUGUGGAUUAUCCGUCGUCGCCGAGGAGCCAGUCGCAUGGUCGAGCCCGGAGGAGGCCCCGCUCUGCUGGAUGGAUGUGUGUGAGGCAGCGCCGGACUCCGAGUACUGAUGAACACGGUGAUAGUGAUGAUGCUCGGGUUUCAUCGGCAGUGGGUGAACUGAUCUUGGAUGUUCGGGCUAUAUCGCCCCUACACAAACCAUUUCCUCAUACAGAUAAAAUUAUAUUCCUUAAAAACUGGACGCCCCUGGAGCAGUUUAUGACGACCCUGGUAGGAGCGUGAUGAGCGCGCGCUUCCGCUUGCCUGCUGGCAGAUCCUACAAUGUCCGGGCGACGGAGCUGGAGCGAGACAGGCAGCACACACAGGUUGUGUGCAACGUACUGCUGCUGGACAACACAGUCCAGGCAUUCAAAGUCAGCAAGUCGGACGACGGCCAGGUGCUGCUGGAUGCUGUCUUUAAGCACCUGGAGCUGACCGAGAGCGACUACUUUGGCCUGCACUUGGCUGAUGACUCCUCAGAUGCACCGCGCUGGCUGGAUCCUGAAAAGCCCAUCAGGAAACAGUUAAAAAGAGGGUCUCCCCAUAACUUGAGCUUCAGAGUCAAAUUCUUUGUCACAGACCCCAGUAAGCUUCAGGAGGAAUACACACGGUACCAAUAUUUUCUUCAGAUCAAACAGGACAUAUUAACUGGAAGACUGCCCUGUCCUCACAACACAGCCGCACUGCUGGCAUCCUAUGCUGUCCAAUCUGAGUUGGGGGACUACAGUGAAACAGAGCAUAAUCCAGGCUACCUGUCUGAGUACUGCUUCAUCCCGAAUCCCCCACAAGACUUCCACAAAGAGGUCUCCAAACAUCACCAGCAGCACAGCGGUCUGUCUCCUGGCCAGUCAGAGUUUAAUUAUCUGAACACAGCACGUACGCUGGAGCUCUACGGGGUGGAGCUGCACUAUGCAAGGGACCAGAGCAACACAGAGAUUCUCAUCGGGGUGAUGUCCGCCGGCAUUGUGGUUUACAAGAACAGGGUACGGAUCAACUACUUCCCAUGGUUGAAAAUAGUGAAAAUCUCCUUCAAGUGCAAGCAGUUCUUCGUCCAGCUAAGAAGAGAGGUGACUGAGACUCGGGAAACGCUGCUGGGUUUCAACAUGGUCAACUAUCGGGCCUGUAAGAACCUGUGGAAGACCUGCGUGGAGCACCACACCUUCUUCAGGCUGGAGCAGCCCAUCCCGCCACAGAAGAACUUCUUCGCUCACUACUUCACCUUAGGCUCAAAGUUCAGAUACUGCGGGCGGACGGAGGUGCAGUCUGUGCAGUAUGGGAAGGAGAAAGGCAUCAAGGACAGAGUGUUCGCCAGGUCUCCCAGCAAGCCAUUAGCCAGGAAGCUGGUGGGCGGGACAGACUGGGAGUCGGUCAGCAGGAACAGCCUAUCAGAUGAGCGACUGGAGACCCAGAGCCUGCCCACUCGCUCGCCGCCCGGCACGCCCAAUCAGAACUCUCUGUUUGUACAAGAGGGGACACGGAUACGGCCAUCGUCAGUUGGCCACCUGGUUGAUCAUGUGAUCCACGCCUCCCCUAGCCUACCUGUCUUCUCCUCCAAUCACAAGUCAGCAUCGUCCACGCAGGCCAACAGCAUCAGCCUGGACUCUACACCUUCUCCAGAUGGGGUAGAUGGCCAGCCUCCAGCUCUGCCCCCCAAGCAGCUGAGCAGGAAGACACUGAGCCAGAUCAUCCAGGCCCACUCCCAGCAGAGCCUCCUGGACAACCACCUCAACGAGAUGUACGAUGUUCCCGUCAACGCCGACAAGACCACGCUGAAUGGAGUAGUCCCUCAUGAUAACCUGGUCCUGAUCAAGAUGAGACCUGAUGAACACGGCCGAUUCGGCUUCAACGUCAAGGGUGGAGCUGACCAGAAGAUGCCUAUCAUUGUGUCAAGAGUGGCUCCGGGAACAUCGGCUGACCUGUGUGUGCCUCGCCUUAAUGAGGGUGACCAGGUGGUGCUGAUUAAUGGGCGGGACAUCUCGGACCACACCCAUGACCAGGUGGUCAUGUUCAUCAAGGCCAGCUGUGAGAGCCACUCUGGGGAGCUCAUCCUAUUGGUCAGACCAAACGCCAUCUAUGACGUGGUGGAGGAGAAGGUGGACUCGGAGCCAGAUUUUCAGUACAUCCCAGAGAAGUCUCCUCAGGACCCUGCCCAGCUAGACCAGCAUGCUCUGAGGGACUCUAUGGUCACACUGAAGGAAGGCCUGAGCAGUGGAGCCAUACUGGCACAGUUUGAUCAACUGUACAGGAAGAGGCCGGGGAUGACCAUGCUGUGUGCCAAAUUACCUCAGAACGUUUCCAAAAAUCGCUACCGAGACAUCUCUCCAUAUGAUGCCACACGGGUCAUUCUGAAAAGCACAGAUGACUACAUCAAUGCAAAUUACAUCAACAUGGAGAUUCCAGCAUCCAGUCUGAUCAACCGCUACAUAGCGUGCCAGGGCCCACUGCCCAACACCUGCCCCGACUUCUGGCAGAUGACCUGGGAGCAGGGCUCGUCUAUGGUGGUCAUGCUGACCACGCAGGUGGAGAGGGGCCGGGUGAAGUGUCACCAGUACUGGCCCAACCCAGACAGCAGUGCUACCUACGGGGACUUUACAGUUACGUGCCACAAUGAAGAGGGCAACUCAGCCUUCCUGGUCCGGGAGAUGAGCCUCACGCACACACAGAGUGAGCAGCAGAGGGAGCUCACUCAGAUCCAGUACCUGGCUUGGCCUGACCACGGCGUUCCUGAUGACUCCACCGACUUUCUGGACUUUGUGGCUCUGGUGCGGACCAAACGGGCUGGACAGGACCAUCCGAUGGUGGUACACUGCAGCGCGGGGAUUGGUCGGACAGGGGUUCUGAUCACCAUGGAGACGGCGCUGUGUCUGAUGGAGUGCGGUCAGCCCGUGUAUCCUCUAGAUAUUGUCAGGACCAUGAGAGAUCAGAGGGCCAUGAUGAUACAAACACCUAGCCAGUACCGCUUCGUGUGUGAGGCCAUCCUGAAAGUGUACGAGGAAGGCCUGGUCAAACCACUCAAGACGGCGCUCUACCAGCAGAGAGAAAAGGUGAACGACGAGAGGGAGGAGGACAAGAGAGAGCAGCAGAAAGCAGGAGAAGAGAGAGACGAGUCGGCGGCCGCAGAGGAAGGAGAGGCGGCUGUGGUGGAGCUGCUGGAAGGAGAACUGGAUGAAGAGGACGACGACGACGAGGAAGUGGAGGUGCUGGACGUGGGAGAAGUGACAGAGGAGGGGGAGGAGGAGGAGGAGGAGGAGGAGGAGGAGGAGGAGGAGGAGGAGGAGGAAGUGGAGGAGCCGAGCGUCGCCAGCGCCACCAGCGUUACCAGCGAGACCAGCGUGAACCCUGAGCCUGAGCCUGCUAACCCGUGACCUUUGACCCCCGGGCGGGUCUUCAGGGGCGACCAGGACGAGGCCGGGUGGCCGGAGCAGAGAACAAAAGCACUGUUGCACUUUAUGCUGACAAAAAUGGAAAAAAGACAUAAACAGACAAACAUGAAAAUCAUGGACAAGAUCAAAUAAAAAAGAAAUCCAGCUGAUGGUGGAUAGGUACCAGUAGGGGGCGUUGUCUGAUCAGGGUAAAGAAAAAAGUAUACAAAGAAUAAGACGUUACAUGUAGGAGAGAAUAAAAAGUGGAUGGAAUCGCUGUAGUGCCAUAAGUACGAAGGGGACGGAUGGAAAGCUCCGCCCUCUUUUUUUACCCAAAGGGUCGCCUGCCCCCUUCAGAGCGAGUCUGCCAGACGGACCUGCCUUUUUUAGUGUCCUUUUAGCUGAUAAAGAGAUAUACCUUAUCUUUUGUUCCUCAGAAAGAGUAUUUAUUGUGUUUAGUUUGUGUCAAACCCUGUCCACUGAACAAAGAGUCGUAUGUUCUGUUUGUAUGAGUCUAGAGCUUCAUGCUUUCUGAUUAAACCCUAGCUAGUCCAGUAGUGUGAUUCCUCUUCUUCUAACUACUUCUUGAUUUCUUUUGCUUUUUGUGGGGAAAAAACAGUGAUUUAAUUUAUUGUACUUGUUUUGUUUUUUUAAUCUUUCUCAGCUUUCUUGUCUAAGUUUCUGACAGCACAGCCGGACAGACGGACAGCUGGAAGCACUUUGUGUCUCACCUCUUGUUCAGUGCUGUGGCGAGUCGGAUGCUGAUCCUAUUUUGUGCUGUGUUUUUGAGCUUACAGACACAAGUGGCCGUCGUUGGGUGUGGCGUUCAACAGAACUGGUUUACAGUCCUCGGGGACCAGUGUUUACUGGGACCUCUCUCCCACCUGAGGUCCUCGUCACAGCGGGUAGUUGAGACGAGGUGUCCUCACUGUGCACAGAGCUCGCGACAUGUACAUUCAGUCCCAGAGCAGGAAGACUCAUGACGAGAGGCCCCAGUAGACACACGGCCUCGCCGAGUUACAACCUAGACUAGGCUGAGGUCAGUUCAUCUCUUUCUUCAGGGUCAUUCGCAGCCAGUUUAAACCUGCUGACGUGUCCUUGAGCCAGACACUGACAGCAAAGUCCCAUUUUAUCUCCUGCAGCUUCCCUCUGACCACCAUGAGCAACUGUUGAUCCACUUUAUGCAACCCACAUGUUCCUUGCUUUCUUUGCACACGUCAUUACAAUAGAAAGAAACCGGUAGGGGUCCGACACCGACAUCAUGGUCUCUGGAGUGGUUGAAAGCUGCUGCAAGUUUUUAUGCAAUCAGUAUUUGUUUCUCCCCCAAGCUUUGCUAAAAUCUUUGCGUGCUGAACUGACAGUGAACUGAUCUCAACCGGGGUGUGAAUGAACUUUUCUGGCUCCCUCCACUGAUCUCAACACAGUUUUUUUACAUGCAGUGGGUGAAAACUUGAGCAAAAUGUAAACGGAGCGAACCCAGGAACCUGCUCACGCUCCUACACCUGAGGCAGGUGGAUCAUGUGACCCAGCAUUAAACUCAGAAAAUCUAGAUUGCUGUUGUUUUCUUGACUGCGUCCAGUGGGGCCGCUGAGAGGUCACUGGAGCAGAGCGUAAAACCAACCGCUGCUCCGUCAUUUGAUCUAAAUGGGUCGGCCAGAGAACAGUUCAAAGAAGCAGCACAAACAGAACCUUCACUCAGUCAUUUUUUUAUUGAUCUUUGCCAAUACGUCGUCAUUUUUAAGGCACAUGUUGUUUUUAAGUCAUGAUGAUGUGUUAAUGAGUGAAAAGAGACUAAAUGAUGAUGCAUUUUUAAAACCCAGUGUCAAGUUGCUUGUUGAGUCUUUUGUUGUCCCGGUUCAGGUUCAGCUGUCGUGUGGAAGUGUGGUACAUGGAGCGCAGCCUCUUCUUAGCUUCAGAUAUUUUUCUUAUCGGCUGCCUCAGGACCUGCUGUCAUCGGCUCCUACAACGGAUUCUGCUGGACAAACCUACUGCUGUGUGUGACUCCUCUGCCAUUUCUAACAUGUAGUUUGUUAGCUGUCUGGUCGAAGCCUGCUUGUCUCUUAACUGGAAUGAAAGGUUGUGCCAUAAAGCCACAGCCCUAAUCUAACCUGAUCUCAAGUUUUUUUGAAAAAAGAAUGAAAAUCAAAACACAAACAGCCUUCUUAAGAAGUCGUCGCUUUGAAGCCAGGCUGAAUCUUCGCCUGUUGGCGCCGUGCUCAUGCCUCCCUUUCAAACAGCUGAAUCAUACUUUUGCCACAUGUAGAGGUGGGAUCAAGAAGAGCCUACAAUCUGCUUUUGCUCUUGUUUUUCUCCUUAAUCUCUCCUGUAUCGCGUCCCUCUCCCAAAAUCGGCCUAACAUCCUUCAGUCGUUUCUGCAGAGCCCACGCAACAUCCACAGUCCAUUCUUCUCAUUGUUUUCCCCCGAUGCCUGUCUUGUGGAUCAUUAUACAUGGAUCCCACUCUCUCUGCAUGGCCUCAAGGCAAAUGACACAUCUGAGCGGAAUACCGUGGGUACAGUAUCGAACAGCUUGUUUCCCACAGAAAGACAAACCGAGGCUCAUCAGUGAAUGACUGACUGAAUAUCCGGUUUUAACUUUUUCUGUUAUUGACGACCCAACACGUAUGAGCGCAAAAAUCCAACAAACAACAACAAAAAAACUCACGUCGGCUUUUGUAUUUGGCAGCAGGGCCAACCAACUCUAAAUUAAUGAACGUCUUGUGAGGAAGUUGCAUCAGUCACAAGUUCAAAAAACCUCGAUAGUUUCUAAACAAAAUGCAACCCCCCCUCCGUGAUGAACAGUUAAGAAUUGAUCAUUGAGGGCUGCCAGAGUCUCCGUCUGCACAGAAACAUCCAGCAACGAGCUGUCUGUGUUCACACUGUCUGUUGUUGACACAUCGUUGGUACUGUCUGUGCGUUUAGGUGCUGAUCAGAGGACCAGACGUGGGCCGGGCUCGGGGUAGCUGUAUUUUUGUAAAGAUGAUAACAGUUCUAGUUGGAUAGGGAAGGAGCAGCACUUUGUAGAAGGCUGAGUGGCAGGUAGUGCUACUGGAAAAAAAAAAAGGUUAGAGACAUAAAGCAUUGUUAAAAUGAGUUGUUCUUUUUUUAAUUUAUCUUUUUUUUUUGUUUGUUUGAAAAUAAGACACCUGUAGGGAACAAGAAAAAGAACUCCUAACUACACAGUGCCACUUGUUAAUUUUGUGUAAAUAAUACUAGACCAUGUAAAUACAAUGUUGUAUAUGAAAAAAAAUCUUUAAAAUAAAAGGGAAAAUCCUUUGUGAGCAGAAAGAUUUUGUUUUUAUUUUUAUUUUUGCUUUUUUUCCUUUGGAUGAUUCAAAUGUGACACAAAUGGUGUAUUUUAAGACUGCUAUUUCAAAACCUUUUUUCUUUUAUUUGUUUUAUUUGAAGCGUAAUCUAUAACAGCGAGUGUAUAUAUAAUGAACCACAAAAUAAUGACAAAUGUUUUACCGUAUUAUACCCUUGGUUAACUCCUACCUGUGUCAUAAAAACCUUUGUCCUCA